UUUGUAAGUGCGCCGCCGUCUCCAGGACGAUAUCAUUAUUACGACGUACAUAAAAUAUAAUAUCGCGACGAUUAAUUUUGCUACAGAUCCGAAGAAACGUAUAAUAUUAUUACAUGCACAAUAAUAAUAUAUAAUAUCGCAACGCAAUACUCGCGGUUUUCGUUUCGUAUUAUAGCUGUUUACGCGUUCACAUCGCACACGUCUAUAUACAUAAACCCGUACGCACAGGAACGCGUCACGUCUCAAGUAUAAAUCUCUCGGACUUUAUCCACCAGACAUCUGAAGUUUUCGAUGGACUCUUUGCUCGGCAAUGAAGACACAUUUUUAAAAAAUAGAAGUAAAAUUAAAGCCGAAUUAUAUUUAGAAGAAAAACAUGUGGUGCCCUUGGUGAACCAUUUAACCAGUACAUUGUUAAUACACGAACCUGAAGAUCCGAUAGAAUUUCUCGUACACCAAGUGGAAAACAUAAUACAUUUCCGGAAACACCGUGGCAAACCACCGAUACUAUUCAACAACGAUCAUUUAACAAAUGUUUUUAAAGGAGUAGACUUUUUAAAUAAGGGUGCGAUUGAUCUGAGUCAAUAUUGCAGAGCUAUGAAAAUGCUGGGUCUGGAUGAAAAUGAUUUCAACCAGAAUCCACAAGUGGAUAUAAACAAUCAAAUUGAACGUAAGAUAUUCGUAUACGAGGCAAAGUUUGCGUCAAUAAAACAGAUAACCGCGAUGAUACAGUAAACGCAAUAACAAUAAUUAUGGAACACGUGUACAAACAACUACAUUAGUGAUGGAAAAAUAAUUGUCGAAUUAGUGAGAAACUUCUUUCUUCAGGAAAUAUAUUAUAUAAUAAUUACA